CGGCUGAUUCCGUAAACAGGAAAGACUGAGACGAUGGAUGUUACCCAGCCGAAGCAGGAGCAUCUCUUGGCCCUGAAAGGUCCUGUUUUCUUCUGAACUGCACAGCACACGACAUGAAAAUAUUCUUUUUAAGUGACAACAUCUUUAGUGAUGAAGCUGUCAUCCAAGGAAUUUUAAAAUAAAAAUGUGGAUUUCUGUUGUACAAGCAUGGAGGUUGUUCUGCACUAUCGAGCAUGGCAAAGGGAUCCCACAGCAUUGCAAAAAAUCACAGAAGAAGCACUGAAGGAAUUUCCUGUUCGGAAGCUUCCUAGCUUCAUAUCCUGGUUUCCAAAUGACUUGUGCAAACUUCCCCUCAAGCCUAAAAGAAAGUCUCCAGUUAUUUCUGCUGAAGAAGUAGAACAAGUGAAGCGACAUUUUGCAGCCCUAGAAACUCUUUGCAGCUCCCCAUCUUAUGACUGUACUGAAGGACUUGAGGAAUUUCAUCCUGAUAUAAAAGCUGGAGAGUCUUUACAAGCCGAGCUUGAAAAAAAUGAUGUGAGCAAUUUGGGAAAGCAAUCAGCAAAUUGCAAACAGAAGCUGAGGAGGUCUUGGAGUGUAUCUGUUCCCAACUCUAAGCUCAAAAACAAGAUUCUCCCUUUAUCUAGAGAACUGCAGAGCACUUUAGAAAAAUUAAAGCUACAUGCAUUCUAUAGAGCACAGUGGAUAAUUGAACCAUCUACUAUUAAUAAUCAAACAUUGGAGGACGUUUGGGUAAAGAUCAACACAAUGAUCAAACACAAGGAACUUCCAUCUUGUAAUGCUAUGAUCCAGAGAUGUGAGGGGCAGAUUUCAGUUUUCUGUGACAUACUGUACUGUGAACAUGUUGCCAACAACCUUAGAGAAAAAUUAAAUCUUAAGGGGAAAAUAAAUUUAUUUGUGCACAAAUAUGGAAUCAUACACAGUUUGUAACUUUAAGCCAGAACAAAACAAUGCUAUUUUCUGUGAAAUGUUCUAUUUUAAAUAGUUUUAAAAACUUUUAAAAUUAGUGAUGAGGAGCAGGCAGGAUCCUACCUAGCUUAUUCUAGGUAUUUCUCAUUCUGCAUGACUAGAAAUGCCAACAUUUUGUUUUAUGGAACACUAGAUGCACUCCUUUGUUGCUUUCUGCAUAUUGAUGAAAUACCUUUGUUGAAACGUAUUAAAUAAACUUGUGUUUUUACAUGUAUUUUAUAUUUUUGUGUGUACUGAAUUGUGGUAGCCUAUGGCUCAAGCAAUCUCACUAAAUGCACUCCUUGUAGCCUUCUUUCUUCAUGUGAAGAGAUCUAGUGCUAGUGUCCAUCAUCUAGCAAUGCUUCUGAACUGUAGUAAGCCAUGUCACCUGUGGAUGUACCUUUUUGAUUAGAGGACUGACUUUUUAAAAAUGUAUAGAUUCAGUGAAAAUUGGAGGCAAACCCAGGACAUCUUCUCAAGCAAACUGACUGGAUUGUGCUUUGUUCUAAGUUCUCAAAGUCUGACUACUUCUCUUAUAAGAGGAAUACCCCUUGUAAUAGUAAUGCAUUGAAAGAAUUGACUUCCCACAUCUGUUGUUAUCUCAUUUGUAUUUGAAAUUAUUUGUCUAGAACUACUGAACA